CAACAACCACCUCUGCCAACCCCCCCCCCUGGCAAACUCCAACAGAGCUUCUUCCCCCCACAACUUCAGAGCUAGCUAGCUACCCGCAAUGUCCUCCGACGCGAACCACAGCGACUCCGGUGGCAGUGACUACGACGAGGCAAGCUCUGCCAGCAACACAACUACCUCUACCAGCACAAGGGCUCGUAAACGACCUCAACCAAGGGCAAAACCAACCCCUCGCAAACGUCAUGCCGGCGGCUCAAGUAAAGCUACUCUUAGCACCCUCAGAAAGGAUACCUUGCAACGACAGGCUAUGCAACCCACCUCCUCUACGGCUUCCAACGCUUCCAACGCUUCUUCGGCGCUUUCGAAAGAUGACGAGGAGGAGACCGAUUUGAUGCCCACCGCUGAUUGGCCUAUCGAGAAACUGCGAAAGAGGGAGGAGGAGUUGCAGGUUAUGAUUGAUGCCUUGUUGGAGGAUGUUAGGGUACUGAAGGGGGUUGCUGUUGAUGAUGGGGUGGAGAAAAGGGAUGGGGAGCGUGAUGGAGAGGAGAAGGGGAUUGAUGACGAAGACAUAGACUACUCCAACUUCGACGCCCCGGAAUGGUGCGUCCCCAUCAAAACCAACGUCAUGACCUUCGAAUGGCCCCUGCUCGCCGCCGCCUGCCAAUUCGACGUCAUCCUCAUGGACCCGCCGUGGCAACUCGCCUCGCACGCCCCGACCCGCGGCGUCGCCAUCGCCUACCAACAGCUCCCCGACGCCUGCAUCGAAGACCUCCCCAUCUCCACCCUCCAGCAAAACGGAUUCAUCUUCAUCUGGGUCAUCAACAACAAAUACGUCAAGGCUUUUGAACUCAUGGAGCGCUGGGGGUACACUUACGUGGACGAUAUCACCUGGGUUAAGCAGACGGUGAAUAGGCGGAUGGCAAAGGGGCAUGGGUAUUACCUCCAACAUGCGAAGGAGACGUGUUUGAUUGGACGCAAGGGGGCGGAUCCGCCUGGGUGCAGACACGGGGUGGCGAGCGAUGUGAUUUUCUCGCAGAGGAGGGGGCAGAGUCAGAAGCCGGAGGAGUUGUAUGAGAUGAUUGAGGAGCUGGUUCCUAAUGGCAAGUACCUCGAGAUCUUUGGCCGGAAGAACAACCUGAGAGACUUCUGGGUCACCGUCGGGAACGAGCUGUAGUUUCACGAAAGCAUUUGUCCCUAUACGAGUUCAGCGGUGUAUAUGUACCUACCUACCCCUCCUCUCUAUGCUAUGACGCUAUGUACUCUUCCCCGCUGCCUCCGGACCCUAGCUUACGCGGUUACAUAAGAAAUUGGUCGUGGAACAGGAACCGAUGCAUGGUUUGUUCCGCCCAUGCCGAUCAAGGACGCACUUUGGGCGUAGGGUGAGGGGGUUUUGACAUAGAUUCGAAGUUGGCACCCCUCGGAAUGUAUAUAUUCUCACAAUGAAUGGCAAGAUUGAACGCCGUCU